AAACCAAUUUCCCACACGGCCACGCGCAUAGCGCAAGCCUGACCGAGGAGACCCGUCGUCUUGGCCACUGUAGCCAGCUAUUAGCUACACUGUCGCUUAUUCUUGAACAAGCGCGUUGUCGGGGGAAUUGGAGCUGCGGUGGCGCUUAGAGACACAGGUAGAUCCACGCCCAAGCGCCAUCUAUAGAAUCCAUUAGCACUGUUGGGCGACCUGUUUUGUGGCCGUGUUACAAGCUAGGAUCCGUUCGUCAUGGCUCUCGAAGCCCCGUUGAGAUCGUCAACUGGGAGUAUAUUAUCUAGCUUUUCAGCUCACUCCGAUAUGUCCGUUCCAUCGUCAAACUCUCCAGCUCUUCAGCCUCCCUUUCGACCAAUGUCUUCAAGCUCUGCAGAGUCUAGCGGGCUUCGGCCAUCGUCGGCCGCUGCUGCUCGAUCAUCACCUGCUCCCUACCUCCUGAGUCCCAGCGACAUUGUCGGCCCUUCACCCGUCACAUCAGUUGGGACGGAUGCGACGGAGAUUGAGGAGGAAGCCUCCGAUGAAGCGCGGUCGCUCUCAAGCGCUGCCGGUUCCGAAGCUCAGCCGCAGCUAUUAAAGCUGCGGACUAAUAUAUCCGACCAAUUUCGGCAAACGGCAAACGAAGAGGCAGUCUCAGUUAUCCAUGCCCCCGAAAGUUUCCAAAGCUGGGCCAAGUCGGACACACUUUCCAAGCAGCCAGAGUCUACUCAGAGGCGGUCUCCCAGGCAAUCCCCAAAGCUUGAAAAUUUAGCUAUCUCAACUCCCAAUGACCGGGCUUCGAAGACCAAAUCAAUGGGGCUACCAACACCGCCACCAUUGUCCACAGACGUCAAGCCUGUUCGGUAUAGCAUCGAUAGUGCAACUCCUAGAGCUCAGAAUCUCCAGGAAGUGCUUAGUGAUUCCUCAAGACUACGAUCCAGCAGUGCGAGCAGUCUAGAACUUAUUCCUGAGAUCAAGGAGCCUGAAACGGAUGCUGAGCCAGAUUUGGAAUACGACGACGACGAAGAAUACUCGACUCCUGUUCGAGGAGAGGGACAAGAUGAUAUGGAGAUUCAAUCUCUACAAUCAGCUUUGAAAGAGUGUUGGGUAUUAUGCAAUACUUUAGCAAGCUUAAGCACUCAUCACCGAGAAAGAGUUUUCAGUGUAUCAGGCACCCCUGACGGGCACGAAAAGGCCUGGAAAUGCUGCUGGAAGCUUUGCCAACGUCUAUACGAUAACAGAAACGUGACUGAUGAGCCAUUGCACGUGAAGGCAGACCUAGAUCUCUGUAGGGACUUCUGUCAAGCUCUCUUUGAUAUACGAAUGCGUUCAGACGGAAUGUCUGAUUCUAUACUACGUGUCAGCUUUGAAUUGAAUAACCAUCUAUACAGCGCACAGGAUAAUCGCAAUCUACCUGAAGCGUUUCAAGAGCGAACCUUGGACUUUUAUAUCACUUUAUGCCAUCGACUGAUGAAGCAGCGUGGACAGUUGGCCGAGGAGACAAAUUCCCUCCUCCGCGCCUGUUGGUCCCUGGCAGAGAUGCUCUUUAGUCUCCGCCAGAAAAAGAGAGACGGAAAAGAGCCGGAUGAGGAAUUACUUACCUCAGCCGUACAAGCUUGCUGGGAGCUGUGCGACAUCUUCCGUGAAGGGUGGACUCAGAUACGCCCAGACAGAGGAACACCACGGCCCAGCCAACCGAAUUUUUUCACGUUUGGUAGGGAAGCUGAAGCGGACGGCCGUGCGAGUAGGCAGUCGAAUCGCAGCAAGCGAGAUGGUCAAAAACGAGAUUCCACAGAGAAGCUCCGGAAACCUCCACCCGUGCCUGAGACCCCCGUCACCGAGUUCGAAGACACACCCAUCUCACCUGAGAGUUCAUCCCCCCAAGCACCCAACAUUCUUGUCCUCGGGACGGAAAGCAAUAGGGGUGGACGGUGGCCAAGCAGCGCCUCGAACCUCUCGGGCUACUCCCAAAGCAGUCAACGAACUUCCAGCACCGCGACAACCGCAACGACAACAGAAGACGUGAACAUCUAUCGAAUCAAGGGACUUGUCCUAAAGGCAGCAAUGAACCUAGGCUUUUCUCGGGACGGUCCCUCUGAGGGACAUGGUAGCCAAGUCUCGCUGCAGACAUUCGUCAGGUCCCUACCGCCAGGCUCAUUCGGCUCACUGCCAUCACACGCAACGCUUCUCCAGAACUACAAGAACUUGGUGGUAUCGGACUCAGCAUUCCGGCAGGCAUCAGCUCUGCCAUCGCGGGGCAAGCGCAUAAGUGCCACGGACAUGGCAAAGAGCGUGACCUUCAUGACGCACCGAUCUAGCCAGUACAGCUUCUUGCGAGACUUGUUCAAGAUCGUCUACGGACACCACCUUGAGGAGAUAGACUCUCGCAAGAACUUUGCCAUCGCGGUAUGAGGAUUUCGGUCGCAUACCCCUUAAAGUCGACUCAGUACAAAACGCGGCUACAAGUCCAUUCCACGAAUUGUCGGCAUAAUAAGCUGGAUAUAAUUCUUUCUCCAGAAGGCUUCGACAAGCCCAACCCAAUAGGCUUCUGCCGCUAUCAUGGACAAUCCCUCUUAUGCGAAAACAGAAGUUGAAAACGUCAAGAGCUUACUCGGGUACUCCCACCCAGGCAUACCACAAAAUCCCUUUUCUCCCUUAUUUCUUUGCUACAGCCUAGUUCC